CAGGCCAUAAAAUUAAUUUAAAAAGUGCUAUCUGACAGUUAAGUGACAUUGACAAUCAGCUGAUCCUUUUUCCUAUGUGCAAUUUCGCGUUAGAUGUAGCAAAUUCUCGAAACCUCUGUCCUUCUUUUAUAUGUGCAACUUAUAUCGUUUUAUCCUUUUUUAUCGACAUCGCACCAGGAAUUCGUCAAUUUACGUCACGGAAUCAUGAUCGCCACGUCUAUCGGCUAUUGGUUUCAGACGUUCAGUUCAGUUUGAUAUCUCGCGUAGAGUUAUCUGAACGGCUAUGAUAAGUUAAAAUAAUCUGGCGGUGUUUAUAUUAUAAUCACAGCAAUGACAAAUCUACUGACAUAGUUUACUUUGCGAUAUAUUUUAUGUGAUUGAAGGUCUUUACAUAAUUGCAAACUUACAAACACGUGAUGAUGCAAUAAAAGUUUGACCACAGAAAUCAAGUUCAAAGUGCUAAAACAAUUGGCGUUGAAUCGAUUUCUAUAGCAAAGCAAUUCGUGCGUCAUUCACUGUAAAGCUAGGUUAAUUGAGCAGGACCCAAUUUUAUUGUAAGAAAAUAUUGUGAUGUACUGUGAAGUGAUUUAAAUGGUGGUACGUGCUGGACGGUGUAGGACCCACAAGAGAUUUGGUGACCAAGCCUACCAUGACUGAUAUCAGUUCUACCAGGUAGCGUAACACACUAAGUACCUAUACUCUGCGCUCUUCCGUUGCUUGCUGUGCCCUCACGGUCUCACUGUCCUGACACCCACCCUUCAUUACAGUCACUUGUUGAACGAGGACCGAGAGCGCAUCCCUUGCCUGAGUUCAGACAGCGACCGCACGAUGUGGGGAACACAACGCCGCGUCCUACUGGACGUGCUGCUGGCCUGCUGGGGCGUGGGCACGUGGCUCGGCGUCAACGGUCUCUACGUGCAGCUGCCGCUGCUCGUCGAGCGCCUGCCCGAGGGCUGGGCUCUGCCGUCCUCCAUGGUCCUGGCUAUACAACUUGCCAACUUGGGAUUAGUGGCUUAUGCAAUAAUGCGCCGUUUCCGACCGAACGCUUCCGACUCGCCCUACAUCUACGGAUUACUAGUUGUGGGAACCCUCGCCCUCGCGCUCAAUGCCUUCCUUUACGAUCAAACAGUCGGGAACCGCUCCGUCGCAUUCCUCCUCUUAACCUUCUUCGCGGCGCUCGUGGGAUGUACGAGCUCCGUUUUAUUCUAUCCGUAUUUGAGGCACUUCCGAGACGUGUAUCUCGCGACGUAUUUAGUCGGCGAAGGCCUGAGCGGAUUCAUCCCGGCUAUCUUAGCUCUCAUUCAGGGAGUCGGCGGCGACCCCACGUGCGUACUCAACGAUGAGGGCACAGAGAUGUAUCCGAUUUACUCACCGCCGCGGUUCGACUCAACCGUUUUUCUAAUGCUGCUGGCGGGCUUGUCGGCGAUGAGUUUGGCCAGCUUCGUGAUAGUAGAUCUAUACAAAGGAUUCGCAUCGGAGCGCGUAGAACCCGCCGCGGCCGAGAAGGACGACGAAGCGACAUCGGAGCCGGUGGCGCUUCACCGAGGAAGUUGGCUUUCCGUGUUGGUUUUGAUGGGAGUUCUGAACGCGCUCUCAAACGGGGUGCUGCCGUCCGUGCAGUCGUACUCGUGCAUUCCGUACGGGAACCUGGCGUACCACCUGUCGGUGACGCUGGGCUCGAUGGCGAACCCGGCGGCGUGCCUGGCGGGCGUGUGGCUGGCGCCGCUGCCGAGCCGCGUGCUGGCGGGGGUGCUGACGGCGGCGGCGGUGCCGCUCGCCUACAUCAUGGCCACGGCGCUCAUGAGCCCCGAGCCGCCGCUCUAUCAAAAUGUCGGCGGAGCCGUUUUAAUAAUCGCGUCAUGGACGGUGGUGAGCGCCAUAAUCUCGUACGCGCGCAUGUGGGUAUACGGCUGGGCGCGGCGCGGCGGCGCGCGCGGCAUGCGCGCCACGGGCGUGGCCACGCAGGUGGGCUCCUCGCUCGGCUCCGUGGUCCUCUACUUCAUCGUCAACUACACGGCCGUGUUCACGCAGCCGCCGGCCUGCCCGCCCGUCAGCUAGUACCGCUAGGUAGCUUGCGUUGAUGGUGCUUGAUUUGUAUUUGUGCAAUACGUCCCAGAUUGUCGCUUGCCUUGCAAGCACGUUGAUAUAAUUCCAAAGUCUCAAGGGGAUUGGUCAUAUAGAAUCAAAAUAUAAUU